AUGAUUCUUCUCGUUCAUUUCUUUCCAGCCGUCAAAUUUGGCAGAAUGUCAAAAAAGCAGAGAGAAAAAGUAGAAGACGAAGUAAGAUUUCAUCGUGCUCAGAUGCGAGCUCAGGGCGAUACAGCACCUGAUAGCUCAGUAUUUGACACACAAACACCGUCGAGUAGUGAUCAGUUACAUCAUGGCUAUAAUGGUUACAACACAUAUUCAAAUGAAGUGGGUUAUGGAAGUCCCUAUGGUGGCUACUCUGCAUCCGUCACACCACAACAAACAAUGGGCUAUGAUAUUUCAGCUGAUUAUGUUGAUAGUACAACCACCUACGAACCGCGAAGCACCAUCAUCGAUUCAGACUUUAUCGGUGGGCACAAUAAGAACUCAUCGCCAUCACAUCAGCGAACGAUUUCGCUGUCUGAUAUUCGUUUAGCUCGACUAACAACAGUUUCAGAUCAACAGCUUGCCGAAGAAACAUUGCAAGGUGCAGCAGCAGCAUUAAACAGCACAAACACCACUUCCGGUGUAGAUAACAUAAUUACGAUAAAACAAGAAUCGAUUACGAAUGUGGAUAAUCUGGUCGGAAGUUACGUUGAUUCAACGACUUUCCUUCCAUCUCCUAACAGUCAAGUUAUCAAUGCUAACCUCGUUCAAAGCAUUGCGAUGACCAACGAGGCUAAUGGUGCCAAUGACGGCACAAACUCCCAACAACAAACGGAGCUUUUAUUUACUGAAGAUGACAGCUCAUGCGAUUCAAACAAAUGGGCUGAAGGUGACAUUAACGAUGUUCUGAUAAAAACAUUAGCCGAAGCACAUGCAAAUACGAAUAUCAAGUUGGAAGUCGUGCAUGAAUUGUUCCGCAAACCACAGGACAUGACCCAACUGCUUUAUUACAAAAACUUAUGCAAGGAGGAUUUAUGGUUGGAUUGUGCCGAUAAAUUAACAGCUAUGAUUCAGAAUAUCAUUGAGUUUGCAAAGCUCAUACCCGGAUUCAUGCGAUUAAGUCAAGAUGAUCAGAUUCUUCUCUUAAAAACUGGCUCUUUUGAGCUUGCCAUUAUUCGCAUGUCACGUUUAAUGGAUCUGUCUCAAAAUUCCGUUCUUUAUGGUGAGGUGAUGCUGCCACAAGAAGCAUUUUACACAACAAACUCACUGGAAAUGAAACUUGUUGCCGGGAUUUUUGAGACUGCGAAAAGUAUUGCUGAACUGAAACUAACAGAAACCGAGCUGGCGUUGUAUCAAAGUCUGGUGCUUCUUUGGCCAGAACGAACCGGUGUCCGAGGUAAUACUGAAAUCUUAAGACUUUUCAACAUGAGUAUGUCUGCAAUUAAGCAAGAAUUGGAAUCAAAUCACGCGCCAUUAAAAGGAGACGUCACAGUGUUGGAUACAUUACUCAACAAAAUUCCAACAUUCAGGGAACUCUCAAUGAUGCAUAUGGAUGCGUUAAGCAGCUUCAAACAAGAACAUCCACAAUACAUAUUCCCAGCAUUGUAUAAGGAGUUGUUUUCGAUUGAUGCACAGCAAGACCUAUUAACAUAACAAAAUAACAACACCAUCAAUAGCAACAACAAUAAUCUAAACUAUGCAUCAAAUAAUAACUUUACUAUAACGGAUGAUGAUAAUUUUAUUAAUCAAAAUGCUAAUGAUACGGUCAUUAUAAUAAUACAACAAGAUGAUAGUUCUGCAACUACAAACUGAGAAAAAUGAGAAGAAAAAUGUGCAGAAUUGUAGAUAAUAAAGUUAUAAACAACCCUUUUUAAAUUAUCUAUAACUAUGCUACACAAAUAUGGAAAGCCGAAGAAGAAGAUUAAUCUUUCUAUUAAAUGGCGAAAGAAAAAUGAAUCAACUUAUAAUCUAAUACAUUACAAAAUCUUGAAGAAAGCAUUCUUCUGUUAAAAACCACAUAAAUAUUUUUUGGCUGUUUAAUGA